CUGCUCCCCUUGCCCGACGCCUCCGCCUCCGCCUCGGCGCCCGGUCACGCAGCCCGCGCCGCCCGCGCGCAGCCCUCGGAGGGCGCCCCGCGACCACCGCCGAGCCUCCGGACACGGUCGACCCUCGGCCGCGCAGGCGAGCCGCCGCACGCACCGCCCGGCAAAAUGGGAAAUGAGGCAAGUUACCCUUUGGAGAUGUGCUCGCACUUUGAUGCGGAUGAAAUUAAAAGGCUAGGGAAGAGAUUUAAGAAGCUUGAUUUGGACAAUUCUGGUUCGUUGAGUGUGGAAGAGUUCAUGUCUCUGCCCGAGUUACAACAGAAUCCUUUAGUUCAGCGAGUGAUAGACAUAUUCGACACAGAUGGGAACGGAGAAGUCGACUUUAAAGAAUUCAUUGAGGGAGUGUCCCAGUUCAGUGUCAAAGGCGAUAAGGAGCAGAAGCUGAGGUUCGCUUUCCGCAUCUACGACAUGGAUAAAGAUGGCUACAUUUCCAACGGGGAGCUCUUCCAGGUGUUGAAGAUGAUGGUGGGGAACAAUCUGAAAGAUACACAGUUACAGCAAAUUGUAGACAAAACCAUAAUAAAUGCAGAUAAAGAUGGGGAUGGAAGAAUAUCGUUUGAAGAAUUUUGUGCUGUUGUAGGUGGACUAGAUAUCCACAAAAAGAUGGUGGUAGAUGUGUGACUCUUUGAAGAGUUCUACCCAACACUUUUGCUUUCUUCUCCAUCUCUGAAGAUCUGCUCAAGACGUCCAGCAAUGCUCUCUGUGUAUUUAAUGGAAGUAUUUUUCUCUGUGAAGCCACAUUUUCCAACAUGAGCCUCAUGAAGCCAACUAAGUGUUAUUGAACUCUUAAUCUCUCAAUAACUCCGUGUAGCACUUUACAGUCUGAAGGAUAGCAGCAUGACAAGAGCAUCCAUCACUGGUGGAGAAAGGGAAGGGGUUGGCUUUUUAAUUUAUUUUUCUUCAUCUUUUAUAACAAAGUAUCUAUAUAUACAUAUGUAAAUAUUUAUAUAUAGAUAUAUGUAGCUUUCUAUAUCGUUAGUAAGUUGGCUUUAAUUUAAUAUACUUGAUUCAGAAACAAACAAAAUGUUAGAGUACAAAAGUGCCAAGCAGAAACAUAAACCAUCCUUUUAUUUCACACAGUUUCUAUGUAGAUAGAAGAUUAUACAAUUUGAACUGGGUAUUUAGCCAGCUAUUGUCUUUUUCCCGUGCUUUCUCCGUUGAGGGAUUGACAAAGCAAACUAAUGUUCUGUUACCUACCUUAACUACAUUUGUGUGCCCAGAGUCUGUAGCGUUAUUUAUACAUGGAUCACUUGCAGGGACAGUGUCUUACUGCUGAGCAGCUUGCUCGCCCCGUCUGCUUGGAGAGCCCAGUUCGGUGCCGCUGCAAGCAAGCUCUUGCGUUCAGACGGCAUCUGCAUCACUUCUCGGCCUUUUGGCUGAGAUCAAAUGUAGAUGGUGUCCGCACAUACUUUGUAGCAAGGAGCCGUUACUUGACUAGAUGUCCCUGAGCACAUGUAAUACUCCACUUGUGAUUUUAUAUAUUAAGGCCAGAAGCUAUCUGAGAUAGUGAUAAUUUUUUCAUGUAUUAAUGAACCCAAAGUAAUCAUGUAAUGGCUUAAAAAAAUAUCUGUUUCAUUAUACAUGGGCAAAUAUUUUGCUACUAAACUGUUUGUGAACAUGAAUCCCUUCUGUUUUUUAAAAGACCUGCAGCUAAUCUAAAAAACCUUGUGAUAUUUAAUGUGCAGAUAUUUAAGCACCUAUGCUUGUAAUUUAAAUGGGGAAAAUCUUGUUAACCUAUAUGCCAUGGAAAAGCAAAUUUUAUCCAAUUUAUACUUCAAUUUCUUUGUCACAAGGCAUAGAGUACAUAUUUUUUGCCUAUAUUAUUGUUAAUGGAUGAUGACUUAAUUAGUGUGAUAUAAAAAUAUGUCAUGUUCUACCACUUGAUGUUAUCCCUUCCCUUUCUGCAAAGGUACUGUUGGCUGGAAGAAAGAUUCUGGUUAGUUUUAUAUGAUGAUAGAAGUCUUCCUUACAUAGUUUUUCUAUAAAACCUGGUUUCAUAAUCAUGAGUGGUAACAGGCAGGUUAAAUCAAGGUGAAUGAAUAUUAAAUGAGCAUACCUGUCUGUCGUUGCUGUUCCUUCAGCUGAGUGCUGCACAUCAUGGGCUCUGUCUGUGAGAGAAAAAUCCCGGUGCUUGGUGUCCUUGCAUGACAUGGAGUUUUGCAUGUAGAUCAAUUUAAAAAUGUACCUCUUGUUUACAUAAUUUGCAUAAUUUUAAAAGAUGAUGUUGCCAAACUUUGGAAAUGUUAAUGUUCAAAAUGAAAAUCUCCACUACAUGUAACUUUCUUCCUCUGGAUCAGUACGUGGCUUACAACCCCGGCCAGCGAUUUGAUCUGCUCCAGUGUCAACUGCCAUGUGCUUCGCUUCAAGAGGGAACUAGUCUUUUGUGAAUUUUUUGUACAUAAUUAUUUGUAACAAAGGUUAUAGCAAACGCUUUCUAUUUCUCUUGCUUGUGCAUAUCUUGGCUGGCGUUACAGAAAGUAGUGCAAAAAUUAUAUCCUUACUGGGGAGUAGGAUUUUCUUUUUAGUUUGUGGGGGGGGGUUCAGGGGAAGGGUUGUUUAUGUUGAAUGUGUAGAUUUUCUUCUGCAUGAUACACAUCAUGUGUUAUCUUUAGAAAACUUCAUACUGUAUGAAUAAGAAAAUAAAAUAUUUGAAACUUG